CUUGGCCGAUAUCGAAACAAAACUUGAUGCGCACCUGGCAGCCCAAGAGUGACGGCGCGCACGACUCACGAGACGCUGGCUUGUUUCUUCUUCUUUUUUCUUCUUCUUCCUUUUCCUCUCUCAACCCGUGCACCUACGCCGAGCAGCGACGACGAUACAGCCAUGUCUACCAUCAAAGACAUCACAAGCGUGCCUGAGUGGGAGGCGCACCUGGCCGCCCUGCCGCCUACGACCCUCCUGGUUAUUUACUUCCACGCCCCAUGGGCGCCGCCCUGCGCCCAGAUGGCCACGGUCCUCAAGACCCUCGCUGCCGAGUAUCCCGUGGCAGACCCGCCCGCGACGUCGUGGGUCGCGCUCGACGCCGAAGACCUCAGCGAUGUCAGCGAGACCUACGACGUAACCGCCGUCCCCUUCGUCGUGCUGUCGCGCGGCGGAAAGGUGCUCGAGUCCGUCAGCGGCAACAGUGCCCAGCGAGUCCGCACCGCCAUUGAGGCGAACGCCGGCAGCGCAUCCUCCUCCCCCACCGGCGCCACGGCCGAGGCCACGACGGUCGCCCCCACGAACGGCGAUGCUACCGCUACGACCGGCGCACCCCAAGAUCCGGCGAAGCAGAAGGAGGAACUGUUCAAGCGACUUGGCGAUCUGGUCAAGGCGGCGCCGGUGAUGCUCUUCAUGAAGGGCACGCCGAGCUCACCGCAGUGCGGCUUCUCGAGGCAGAUAGUCGCCAUACUGAGAGAGAACUCGGUCAAGUACGGGUUUUUCAAUAUCCUAGCCGACGACGAGGUUAGGCAAGGCUUGAAGGAAUUCGCCGACUGGCCUACCUUCCCACAACUAUGGGUCGACGGCGAGCUGGUCGGAGGCUUGGACAUUGUUAAAGAGGAGAUGGCAAACGACGCCGAUUUCUUCAAGGCCUAUAGCGCUAAGGCUGGUGCCGAUCCCACUGUCUCCGAGCCAUAGUGUUCACCAUAAUCACUCAAACCCUCAACAAAGAAACAGCUUUCUUGGGGAGGUUGUCUUGGAGAGAGAGCUCACGUGGCCGAUGCCACCUCUCUUUCUCCCUGUCCCAUCAUUCGGACAGUUUGCUGGGGCAUAAUUCAAGGGCUUUCCCAAGGUUCGUCGGGCCCAGGAGCCACAGAAGAGAAUCUAAGGCUACCCAACGUCGUUGAUGGCACACACCCGGUAUGUGCUUGUCACGGGAAAGCAGAAUGGAGACGGAGGAUUUCAAGCGCUAUUUGAUGACUUUGAUUGUGAAUCAAAGGGGCCCACGAUAUGGCUCAUAGUCACUCGAUCGCAACGUUUGUGAUUUGAGGCAUGUUGGGCAGCUGCGCUGCGCGGAAGUAAGGCUAGACUUAGACGCGGACGUAAGAUACCAACCAAGUAGCAGCGUCGAGCAGGCUUGGUAUGCGGAAUGAAAGAAGAAGAUCGAGACGAUACCGGACACCGGCAAGGGUUACAUCUACUGGAAACAAUCAUCAGACAUGGCUCAUUAGGAGUACAUGGAAACCUAUCAAUCUUGAGAUGGGAUCAAAGAUGAAGCUGAAUGCAAGGUGUUGGGUGCACUGUUGAUAUGAGGAGUGAAUUGGGAAGCCGCGA